UACUUGCCUUCCACCACUGCUGCCCAAUUUUAAAUGCAAUUAAAUAAUCUUCUCCCUCGGUCCGCUUCCAGAAUGACCAACAACAUUGAAGAACAAAACGAGGUCACAGGAUCACCACUCGCUCAAGACCAAGAUCCUAAAACCCCCCCAACAACGACAACAACAAUGGCUGAAACAGAAGAACCUCAGACCCAACAACAUCAUCCUGAGACCAAGAAGCCACCACAAAUUUCAUUUAGCAUUUGGCCACCGUCACAGCGCACUCGCGAUGCCGUCAUCAAUCGCUUGAUUGAAACUCUUUCUACCCAAUCGGUGCUGUCGAAACGCUACGGUACGCUGCCGAACGAGGAGGCUUCCGAAGCGGCCAAGCGCAUCGAGGAGGAGGCUUUUGCAGCGGCAGGGGCAUCAGCCUCCGAUGAGGACGAUGGCAUCGAGGUGUUACAGGUGUACUCUAAGGAGAUCAGUAAACGGAUGCUCGAGACUGUGAAGUCUAGAUCUGUUUCGGCGUCGACGCCGGUGAAACCUUCGGAAUCGGCUGGUGGGGAUCCCACUAGCGUUGCCUCCAGCGAGGAGAUCUCAUCUGCUGUGACUGAGGCUUGAAAUCGUUGAGGUUUUCUAGGGUUUUGAGAUUUGCAUAUCUGCUAAUAUUAGGGUUUCGAUUUAUUUGGACUACUACUUUUGUGUUCGCUAGAUCUAAUUGCACUAUCUAUGUUCGAUCGUGGAUUUGUACUAUUUACGAGUUUCUUAUAUAAAUACCUAUAAUUAAUGUUUCUGCGAAAUUCCUGUGAUUCUGUGCUUCGAUUGUGUCCCUCUUUUCUUGAUCUGACGAUAUUUUGUAGAUAGGGUUUUUGUGUGUGUGUGUUAUUGUGAUG